CGCUGUAGCCAUGGCAACCGCCCAGGGAGGCGGGGCCGGCCCGAGGGAGGAGCAGGAGGAGGAGGAGGAAAAAGGGGAAGAAGUGGUUUUCUGCGCUGCCCGAGGUCUUCCAGAGAGCGUUGCCAUUGUUAAGGACUCUGAUGGAGCCACAGCUGGCACCACAAUGACUUUCAGCGCUCAGAAGUGUGGGGUCUGCUUCCAGCCCCCAUCCAUCAUCCUCAUCUACAAAGAUAACAGCCAGGAUAAGACUCGCCAGCGCAUCAUGCCCAUCAGGAAUUUCUCCAAGUUCUCAGACUGCAGCAGGGCUGCCGAGGAGCUGAAGAACAACCCUCGGCACAAGGCCUACCUGGAAGGGGUCUCGCUGCGUCAGCUCCAGAAGCUCUACAGUUUGCUGAGAGGUCAUUUGAAAGGACAGAGCCUGGCUGAGAGCUUGCAAAAGUUUCAGCAGGAAGAGACCAUUGACCCAGAGGAGGAUAUGAACAAACUGGAUGACAAGGAACUAGCCAAAAGGAAGAGCAUCAUGGAUGAGCUCUUCGAAAAGAACAGGAAGAAGAAGGAUGACCCCGACUUCGUUUACAACGUUGAGGUGGAGUUCCCACAGGAUGAGCAGCUGGAGUCCUGUGGCUGGGACAUUGAGUCAGAUGAAGAAAUCUGAUUCCAGACAAAGAUGUCCUGGAUGGGCAGUUCAGAGACAAAUCUCAGCAUCCAGCAGAGUGAACAGUGUCAUCAUACACGUUCUGUCCCACAGAACUGAUGCAUGUUGGCUCAGGACAAUGUGAGGGGCCACACCAAUCCCAGGCUUAAGUGAGCUUUGUUUAAGAACCCAGACUUGAUUAAAUGGAAACUGGGCAGCUGGAAUUGUUGGGUGGUUUUAGUCUUUUCCUACGUAAAAGAAUUUUAAAUUAUUUAAUCUUUCAAUUUUUUUACAUUUCAGUCAGCUUUGGCUGAAAAUGAAGCAUUAAAUAUUCAUGUCCUGAAGACACUGUUAAAGCUGUACUGUACAAAUAGGGUGAUUAUUGUUGCCUGCUGGGAAGUUAAAUAUGUGUCAGUCAUUCUGGAUAAAUCAACUCUGCAUUGAGAAUAUUACUCUCACAUUUCCCUAGAAAUGUUUAAAUCUCCAGUAAGAAAUGCUUACACUCCGUGUAAGUUUUAGCUUACCCAAAAAUAAAUCCUUACAUGUAAGAAAA